AUGCUGGACAUAGAAGAACCUCUUGUCAAAAACAAAAAGUACCCGUUCUUCAAAACGCCUCGACUUGGUGGAUCUCGAAGAAUUCGAAACAGGCUUGUUCAAAAACAGGUUGGAUUUUUUGUAUAUUGCAUAAAUGCAGUAGCAGCGGUUGGUCGUUAGGCAUACAAUUACCACCUCAAAAGUCUGGUAAUACCGCUCUACCGCAAUCACACGCCAAACCCUUUCUCGAUUUAGCACUGAAUUCGCGUGGAGAGCGGUAGAGCGCGAAUGCCAGACUUCAGCGGCUGCAAUUUUGAGUUAUCGUAAAGUUUGAAGCUGUUUGACCACGCCUCUUUGAAUUCCAAUAUACUAAAAAUUUACAGGGUCUUUGCAAUAUUAGCUUAAAGAAUGUGCCAAAGCAAAGAAGGAAAUAUUUUUCGUAAGUAUAUAAAGAUGAUGCUCCAUCAUGAUUCUUUUCAGCGACAUUUUCACAACCGUCAUUGAAAUGAAAUGGCGUUGGUGUCUUCUCUAUUUCUCAUUAUCUUUUCUCAUAAGUUGGUCAUUUUUUGCUACUGUAUAUUACCUCAUUGCUAAACAGCACGGAGACAUAGAACAGGUGAAUUCAAAGAAGUACAAAAUAGACAUAGUUUUUAAGUCUAGUUCGAAGCGGGCGAUUCAAGUUCCCAAAGUCAUGAAAGUUAAAAAAAAGAACCGGAAUUUUGCUGAAUUAUAUUAAAAGAAAACAAGAUAAGGACCCGAGAAGUAAACGAGACUUUCGAGUUUUUAGACGGAACUCUUAUAACUUUCCUUAAAAUUAAAUUUAAAAUUAAAUAUGGUGGUCAGGGGACUAGAAAGCAACAGCUGCCGUGUACUUCUCGUUGUUUCCUAAAAAUUUACAGAAUCUGGGACUUGGAAAACAUGAAUCCCCCACUUUCAACUUCAUUUUCAAUAUUUGUUCAUUUUGUUUGAGACGACACUUUUACAUCGUGGCAAUUAAUUAAGUAUACAACGUUUUUGUUUGGACUUCGCUAACGUCCAAGUAGUCAAAAUAAUAACAACGGACAAUGAAAUACGAUAGAUUGGCAGUUCUUCCGAACGUGUUAAGAAUCUCAAGCAGCUAGUAAUUUUUUUGUUGACGGUACAUCGUUUUUGUUCAUGAAUAGCUCUGACUUUGUUCCUUUUUACAGUAGAGAGGUGUAAAAUUGUCUGUAGAAUCCGAAUUUAACGUUCUUUUUUUGGAAAAAAAGUACAAAUAUUUUCCAGAAAAUCGAGUUUUUUCAACAAAUUUUUGAAAACGACCACAAAUAAAUUUUUUUCUUUAUGAAUGAGGGGUGCUAAAUUUUUUGUCUCAACAUGAAAUACGCUCAAAAAAAUGCGAGGAAUCAAAUGGAGUUGAGCCUGAGUCGAUAGGUUUUUUUUAAAGUUACAGUUUAGAGGUACUUAGAGCCAGUGCUCCGACCAGAGCUCGCGGAGGGGCCAAAUAUUAUUCUUGGGUGUCAGUGUCAUGGGGGAACCUCAUGAUUAUAAUAUGGGACAAAUAGGAUGAAUCUGAAUUUUUUGUGCCAUCCAAUUUCUCAGGAAUCGCCUUUUAAAUCGUUCAUAAGCUAAAUAUUUGAACCAUUAUCAAUAUUUUUGCGCAAUAGCAAUUAUCUAAAUUUAUCUGACCCGAUUGCAGCAAUAUGAAAUCGUUGUAUACUUAAUUGCCAGCCUGUAAAACUAGAAAACUAGUAACUAGUUUGAAAAAAAUUUUAGAUUUCAAAUGCCACAUGGACCCCGUGUAUCGUAAACGUUCAUAAUGAGUUAAACGCGUUCCUUUUUUCAUUUACAACACAGACAACAAUUGGAUACGGUUUUAGGCAAGUUUUCGGACUAAUACUCUUCGCCACUGGCAAAUGGCCAGUGAAACUUGAAUUGGAAAAUUUACGUCUUAAAGGUACCCUACGGAUGCUUGUCCUCUGACAAUUGUGACCAUGUGUUUUCAGUUUAUGUGGGGUGUUAUGACACAGGUUUUUUUUCUAUUUUCAGCAUUUUUUCAUCUUACCAUUUUCAGACACUCAUGGCUGGUAUAAUAUUCUCAAAACUAGCACGACCUAUCAAAAGAGCAGCAACACUAAUUUUCUCAAAAAACGCGGUUAUAUGUCUUAGAGAUGGAAAACUCUGUCUACUUUUCCGAGUGGGCGAUAUGCGAAAAUCAAGCUUGGCAGAAGCUCAUGUAAGAUUACAGGUAUGCCGAAGCUUUAUUACAAAAAAAAUGGUUAUCACCUCGUUGUUAUUUAUGUGGACUUCGGAGUUUCUCAUAGUCAAACAAAAGCAGCUUUUAAGUCCACAUGUCCUUGAGCGGUCAUAAGGAACAAGAUAAUGAAAAUGACUGUGAAAAACAAACAGAGAAAAGAACAUUUGAUGAGAAGUUUUCUGAUUUUUCGCAUUUUUUCUUCUGAAAUAAACAUUUUCCGAAGAACAUAUAAACUAGGAUACUUACUUUCCUUGAUUUUUUUGCGAAACGCUAGGCGAUAAGGGAUUCCUCUAGAAAAAGCAUUAAUCGUUUUUGUGGAAUGAUAAUUCAACUCAGAGGCGUCUAUCUCAGCGAAUGUAACUGUUCUUUUCGUCCUUAAAAGGGAAUAUUUAUCGAAUUCCACAAAGCGUUUGUUCACUUUUUGCAUUGCUCUUCGACUGAUACGUCUUGUUCCAUUGAAGUUUGCGCACUUGUUGACUGUGUACAAAUUGAAAUAUUUGAGAUAUUAAUUGACCUUUCUCCCACGUUCAUUGAGAUUGACUGUUGAUCAGAAGGUGACGACAUAACUGUAACAUGUGAAUAAUUUUCAGAUGAUCAAAAGAUGUGUCACUUAUGAAGGAGAAUUACUUCCUUUUCAUCAGUUUGAUAUGGACGUAGGGUAAAAAAACAAUUGAAUUUAUUGAAAGUAUAAAAAAACAUUUUCCAGUUACGAUCAAGGAUUGGAUCGAGUUUUCGUUAUCUGGCCAAUAACAAUUUGUCAUGAGAUAGACGAAAGGAGUCCACUAUGGGAUAUUGGAUCUGAUGAUUUGAAAAGUGCCAAAUUCGAAAUUAUUGGUAGACUUUAUAAACCAAGAAAUUGUGUCUGUAAUUCUGUUCAUUUAGCUAUACUAGAAGGAGUUGUGGAAAGUGUGGGCUCGACUACUCAAGCGAGAACCAGCUAUCUACCAUCUGAAAUUCUAUGGGGCCACAGGUACAUAAUAAUAAUUAUUUGGGUAUCUGUCACCAAAUUAUCUUUAUAUUCUAUAUCAUUCGUCAAAAAUGAAAAAAGUCUAGGAAGCUGGGUGAAUGAGUCGCGUGUGGCACGUUGUAAGGCAUUAAAGUUUUACAUGCUACUGUCUCGUAUGCUGCAUAGACACUGUAAUAUUCUCUUCAGUAGUAGCAAGCACUGAAUUUAGUUAUAAAAAAAAUAAUAACAAAAAUGAAAAUGAAAAAUAAUAGAGAUCAUAGAAAAAAAAAGAUUUUGUGACUAUUACGUCAUUCGUGGAUAAAGCGUCACACUGGAAAGAUUUUCCAAAAAUAACAAAUAAAGCAGCAUCAGAAGAUAAGCAACACCAAAACUAUCAGAGACUAUUAAAAUAUCAAUUUUGACAUUCUUUUUUCAGAUUUGAAAAGUUGGUUCACUAUAAGAAAGAGAAUGGGCAGUAUAACAUUGACUUUGGCAAAUUUCACAACGUCUACUCGAUAAAUACACCCACAUGCUCAGCGGCGGAAAUUGAACGGUUAAGAGUGAGUUAUUCCACUUCCGUUCUGAAGUUGUGUAUAAUGAAUAGAACGCUGACUGUUCUUUAAUACAUUUUUAGGCCGAAGGAACGUUCAAUGAGUCUGAAUAUCAAAUGUAUCCUCCGUCAGACAAUAAACUUAGUCUUCUGGACAACGACGAACUUUCUCCAAUUCGCGAUUCAAUGGACCUUUCCAACCAGGUACCACAGGUAACUCAAAGCUGCGAGAAAGCUUGCUAUGUGAUGAAGACCAGCCUGUUUUUAUUUGAUUCCGUUGAGUAACUGGUGAAAAAAUCGACAUGCAUGAUUUGCACUGUCUUUCUGUGAUUUCGCAUUUCAGUGAUAUAUGAAAAUUCAUAGAUCACACAAGUUCUAACGUAAGUCACGAAAUAAUCUAACAUCUCUAUUUCUUUUCAUUAAUUUUCAUUAGCAUGUUAUCACAGCUUUGAGCUCUUUAUUGUCCACAAAAAAUAAUAUUUGUUUCUUUUUCAGAUUCAAAUCCUUCGUCGAGAUAGUGAUGAAGAUCCCGACGCAGGAGAAGAGAGUUUGGAAUUGGUAAAUUUUGUGUUUGGUUGACUCGGUUUUUAACGUAUGUUCACUCAGGUUGACUUAGGAAUCCAUCACAAGUGUUCCAUCCGUUCACAAUCUCCAAUUGUCACUUCUGCAUCUCAUCUUUUACAACCAGGCCAUAAGAACUCGUGUUCCGUCAGAAGAGGCAUGUUAGCACCUCCAGCUUCUCAUUCUUAGAAUAUUUGUUGUAACUUUAUUGUCCGUUACUGCGCCAUGUUUAACGACAUUUCCAGCGAAAAAUUGAGGUGAAUAGUAAACUCCCCUAGCCCAGAUAGCAUAUUUUUUGGUAAAUUUAUUUGCAAACGAAAUCGUAUCAAAUUUAUGAAAUUUGAGAAAUCCGGAUUUUUAAACCAUUUUUUAGAGUUAAAUCGGCCGGGGACUUGAAUUAUCAACAGAGAGCAAACAAAUGCAGUUGAAAAAUGCCGCACACCAAAUUUUUUGGCACAUUUCUUUAUCCAAAGCGAAUCAAAUUAAGAACAAUCAUAUAUGUGAAAAGGUUUCUAUAUUUGGUUUGUAAAAGUGGCCGAAGACUAGGAAAAACAGGCGACUAAUAAUGUUUUGAUCCCGUAGUAAACAAAUCAUGAUCCGUCUCUUUUCUGUUGGCAACAAUAACUGUGGUGCAGCACUUUGUCUGAUUCUGUUUGGCGCUCGGCCGGAGAUCACAAUUUUAACCGAGCGCAUUCACAUCGAAAUGCUCUAAUAGUACCAUGUGAUUGGUCACUUACAGUGUUAUUAUCAGAUGUAAGAUACGUUUAGUAAUAGCGAAAAUAAUUGGGAUCCAGACAAGUCUAUUGACAUUCUAUUGACAUGUCUAUUGACAUGCGCAAUGCAAAAAAUAGUUUUGCACUCCUUUAGCAUGGUUACGUUCAAUGUUGCGAACGCGAACAGCCGCAGAUUCCUGUUCGCACAUUCUCUUCAAGUGGAUAUAUAUGUCGGGGAAAUGGUAGCGGGUUCUAACCUGGGCUCUACCUUUUUUGGACUGCUGCACGUAUAUCCAAAAAUUCAGACAGACAGACAAACACCUCAUAUAAGAACCGCUAUUCCCGCAAUUCUGUUGUUUAUCAAUGUUUUCAUUUUUGUUGUGACAAGCAUGAAAAUCUACUGUUACUCUGUUCGAUUUUAUAUUUUUGCCAACACCUAACAUUUUCAGCGGAAAUUUUGCAGGUUCUUCAACGCUCAACGUCAGUCUUCAUGGAUAA